CUACAUGUGAGAAUUUUCCCCCUUCUUUGAUAGCGUUUGAAUAAUCAGAGACUUUUCACACCAACUUUCAUUCGAUUGGAUGGCUGCAUCUUCUUCAAGGCCUGCAUAGGAAGCCAAAUGUGAGAGAAUAGAGGGGCCAAAUUGGCUUGAACUUCCUAGAGAAGUCACUGAAAAGAUUCUACACAAGCUUGGUCCCUUUGAAAUUUUCAUAAGUGCAAGCCUUGUGUGUCCUUUAUGGUGGAAAAUCUGCAUGGACCAUUGACUUGACCAAUGACCACCCACCCUUGCGCUCCACACUCCAAAUUGGAGAAGUUUUGUAUCCAUGCCAUUGAACGAAGUUGCGGUCAUUUAGAAGACAUUAGUAUUCAGGAUAUUGCCAAUGAUGAAAUCUUCAAAUGCAUUGUUGAUAGGCAAUCUCAUCAUUUUUUCUCUUUAUUGCCUUAAUUCCAUGUUUUAUAAUUAGUACUGAUACUGAUUUUCCAUGUUUUUCACUAUGGGCUCAUUUUUGUUUUUAUUUAGUUUUUAUUUUUAUAAAGAGCAUGUGAAAUUCGAGUGAGGAUUCAAAUUCAACAUGGCUUGGAACUUGGAAGUUUCAUAAUUUUGUUUAAACAUGUUUCUUUGUAUCUGUUUUCCUUUUUUCUUUCCAUGUUUUAUAGCGGAAGUCAUCUAAGACGGAUGCGGCUUUUGAUUAGCUUGGAAGUUUCAGAUACUCAAUUGAGUGAGGCUGUGAAGAAGCUUCCACUGUCGGAGGAGUUUGAAAUGUCAUUCGGCGAGCUAUCCGAGGAUACUUUGGAACUCAUGGGCAAAUGUUGCCCACAUUUGAAAGUGCUUAAAUUUAACACUGACGAAGAGAAUGGCUUCGAGGAUGAUUAUGAGGAACUUGCUAUUGCAAAGAACUUGCCUCAGCUACGUCAUCUCCAGCUUAUGGGAAACAGGCUCGCCAAUCAUGGUUUGCUUGCCAUUCUUGAUGGAUGUCCUAAUCUUAAAUCUCUUGAUCUGCGUGUUUGUUCUAAUGUCGAUUUGAGCGGAAGUUUGAGGGAAAGGUGUCUUAAGCAAAUAAGAGAUUUACGUCUUCCAGAAGACUUGAGUGAGGUUUCCAUCUACGUUGAAGGUCGUAACGAUAUUUCUUUUGAUGGACGUAACUGUGGAUGUGACAUUGACAGAGAGUAUUUAGAACAUCUUAUGGCCAUUGAUAGGGCACGUAGACCAUUUCCUGAGUAUGAGUGUAUGACUACUUUGAUCUAUUUUGAUUCAUGUUUUAGUUAAGUGAUUAUAUGUUCUUUUUGGAUAUGUUGAUCACCUGCAGGUACUGUUCUAUAUUGCAUUUAUUUUUGGAUUGAAGUGCCUCAAUGGUUGUUCUAAAUGCCAUGGUUCUUUUACUUUUGUAGU